CCCGGGGGCCCCGGAGCGGGAGCGGGGCGGGCUCGGCGCGGGGGCCGGGCGGCACGGGCAGGGGCAGCCUGGCGGGCGCUGUCCCCGGCCCGCGAUCCCGGGGCUGCCGCGGAGCCCGGCCCCGCAGCGGCAGCACGGUGCGGCCGGCGGGGAGGAGCGGUCCCGGCCCCGGCUCGCAGAGGCCGCCCCGCCGGGGGAGCGGCGGCCCCGUGAGCGGAGCCCCCCGCCGGCUGGCGGGAGCGGGGCGAGGGGCCCGGGGCCGGCCGGUGCCCGAGCGCAAGGCGCGGGCAGAACCGUGCAGCGGCGGCGGGGAAACGCGUGUCGCUUCGCCGGUGUCUCGCUGGGGGUGCGGGCGGAGCGGAGCCGCCAGCGUGACGGGCUCCCGCGGGCGGCUGGUGUUCGGGGCGGCCCGUUCGGGGCACGGUUGGGCUGCCAGGGACGGUCACUCGCCAGCGGCGUCCCGCACGUCUUGGACACGCCAAGACGGCUUAAAACUAACGAAGUUACAGCAGCCAAAUAGCAGGGACUUGGCUAAUGCAACGUUGUCGCUGAAAACGCGUUGCUUCAAAGUAUCUUCAGUGAGAUGUUUGGAAUACCGGCAGUCUGUUAAAAUAACUAUAUCUUCAGUCUUGAUCUGGGAGGUAUAUCUGCUAUUGUACUGAACGGCUAUGAUGCAGUAAAGGAAUGCCUUGUUCAUCAAAGUGAAAUUUUUGCAGAUAGACCAUCUCUUCCCUUGUUUAAGAAGCUGACAAACAUGGGAGGCUUACUGAACAGUAAAUAUGGAAGAGGAUGGACAGAACAUCGCAAAUUAGCUGUAAAUACUUUUCGAAAUUUUGGAUACGGACAAAGGUCCUUUGAACACAAAAUUUCAGAGGAAUCUAUUUUUUUUCUUGAUGCCAUUGAUACAUACAAAGGCAGACCAUUUGAUCUUAAGCACUUGAUAACAAAUGCUGUUUCAAACAUUACUAAUUUGAUUAUUUUUGGAGAACGUUUUACAUAUGAAGAUACUGAAUUUCAGCACAUGAUUGAGAUUUUUAGUGAAAAUAUUGAAUUAGCUGCUAGUGCUUCUGUGUUUUUAUAUAAUGCUUUUCCUUGGAUCGGUAUCUUGCCAUUUGGGAAACACCAGCAGCUGUUUAAAAAUGCAGCUGAAGUAUAUGACUUUCUUCAAGACCUUAUUGAACGUGUCUCUGAAAAUAGAAAGCCUCAGUCACCUCGACAUUUUGUAGAUGCAUAUUUAGAUGAGAUGGAUUGCAAUGAAAAUGAUCCAGAAUCUACAUAUUCAAGAGAAAACUUAAUUUUCUCUGUUGGAGAACUCAUCAUAGCUGGGACAGAAACCACAACAAAUGUUUUAAGAUGGGCAGUGUUAUUUAUGGCUCUUUAUCCAAACAUUCAAGGGCAAGUUCAAAAAGAAAUUGAUUUAGUCAUUGGCCCAAACAAAAUGCCUGCCUUAGAAGAGAAAUGCAAAAUGCCAUACACUGAGGCUGUUCUACAUGAAGUACUAAGAUUCUGUAAUAUAGUUCCACUAGGUAUUUUUCAUGCAACUUCCAAAGAUACUGUUGUGCGUGGUUAUUCUAUUCCUGAAGGCACUACAGUCAUUACAAACCUCUACUCUGUCCAUUUUGAUGAAAAAUACUGGAGCAAUCCAGAAGUGUUUUUUCCUGAGAGGUUUUUGGACAGCAGCGGGCAGUUUGUCAAGAAAGAUGCAUUUAUUCCUUUUUCACUAGGAAGAAGACACUGUCUUGGAGAACAACUAGCUCGAAUGGAAAUGUUUUUGUUUUUUACUUCAUUACUGCAACGAUUUCACCUGUGUUUUCCUCAUGGUGUGAUUCCAGAUCUCAAACCAAGAUUAGGCAUGACCUUACAACCACAGCCAUACCUCAUCUGUGCAGAAAGACGGUGAAGAGAAGCAUCUAGAUUGUCAGCUGGAGCACAAUGCUUCAAGUUGCAGCAGAGGAUCCCCUUUGCCUUCUAUUUCUAAAUGUGUUCAUGCCAGAAAAACAAAGAUUUGAAGGACUUGCAGAUAAAUUCUGACUGCACACAUCUUAAUAGCUUCUUUGUACUUGGUUUUCACAAAAAAAAACCCCUCAACCACAAACGUGAAACACAUCCUGUGUUUAAAGCUCAUGUUUUCACUCCAGAAGUCUCUUUUGAAUCCAACUUCUGAUUCAGCUUUUAAAUACUUUAUUACUUAACAGGCCAUUUUACUUUGAGAUGAUAUUUUUAUAAACAUGGAGAACAUGGCUCAAAAUGUUUAUACUCCAACUCAUGUGUGGAAAUCUCAUUUACGUUAUUCCAGCUAAGCAGUUCUUUAUAAUUCUCCAUUAAAUUUACAUAGCUAAAAAGGUUUUAAAGGUAUCUAAAUUUUUGUAACUCAGAAUAAACUAUAUUUUCCAACCUUGGUAAACAAAUUGUAUAUUUAAGCAUUUUAAUCCUUCCUUCUCCUUGCCCUAUUACCCCAGUUGGUCGUAAUUUUCUAGUGAAUCAAAGAACUGUGUGAAUUCACUUUUUAAGAUCUUUUAUGGCUUGCUUCUCAUUUUGUAACGUGUUACUAAACAACAGUGUUCAAUUAUUGCCAUACUCCCGACAAUUGCAGCAAUCUCUGUUGCCUCCCCACGCAAAGCGUUAUGCAAUGAUUAAACUCUGCCUAAGACUAAGCCUACUUAGUCUACUAAGAAUUAAGUUGACUUAGCCUACCAGAUUAAAGUAGUCUGGAAAAAGCAGCAUUUGUGUUACCAGAGACACAUGCAACUAUACUAGGAGUCAAGAAAAUAAGCUGCUCAUGAGUUUGACAAGAGAAGAGACCUUUUGGGAAGGGAGAGUGGAAUAGGGUAGAAGGAACAUAUUUUAAAUGGAUUUUAAGCAGAAGUUUUAGGCCUAACAGCCACUCUUGACUUCUUCCAGCUUCAUUUUUUAUUCCUGACAGCUAUUGCUUUAUGGUUAUUAGUAGAUAAAGAUUUAUGCACGCAGGCCCUGCAGGAGAACCUGAUACUCUAAAUAUGAUGUGUUUCGUCCCCACCACGCGAGAAGAAGUAAGGCCACAGGAUACGGUUCAGAACAAAACACACACUCAGCCAUUUAAGGACAGGGGUGAACAUUAGACCUUGCUCUUCAUACAGCUUAUGCUUCAGUUUGGAGAUGCAGGAAAGUUUAAAGGCAGUGAUUGGGUGUUUUUCUGCUGACCUGACAUUUUUCAUCUUAUACUGAGCAGAAAAUACUUCCUUUGUUUUGAAACAGCAACAGAGAAGGAUCAGACAGAGCUAAU